AUAUCACACUCUCUCUCGUUUACACAAUCAAAAAGAGAGAACAAAAAUGAAAAUCUUGGUUCUUAUGUUGACAGUCGUAGUAAUCUCAGAGGUUUGCUUGGUGGGCGCGUGUCGAUCAUACUGUGGAAAUAUAACGGUGGAUUAUCCGUUUGGAAUCCGGAAUGGAUGUGGGCAUCCAGGGUACAGAGAUCUCUUAUUUUGUAUGAAUGAUGUGUUGAUGUUUCACAUACGUUCAGGUUCUUAUAGAGUGUUGGAUAUUGACUACGCGUACCAGUCGAUAACGCUGCAUGAUCCUCACAUGUCGAAUUGCGGAACCAUUGUGCUUGGUGGCAAAGGCAAUGGCUUUGAAGCUGAGGAUUGGAGAGCUCCUUAUUUCAAUCCUACCUCUGAUAAUGUCUUUAUGUUGAUCGGUUGUUCUCCCAAAUCUCCUAUCUUUCAAGGCUUUCCGGAAAAGAAAUUACCAUGUCACAACAUCUCUGGAAUGAGCUGUGAAGAAUACAUGUCGUGCCCGGCAUGGGAUAUGGUUGGAUAUAGACAGCCGGGUCUAUCAUCCGGAUCGGGUCCACCCAUGUGCUGUGCGAUUGGAUUUGAAUCAGUAAAAGCGAUAAAUCUAAGUAAGUUGGAGUGUGAAGGAUACAGUAGUGCAUACAAUCUCGCACCCUUGAAGCUUAGAGGACCUUCUGAUUGGGCUUAUGGAAUACGAGUCAAGUACGAGCUACAAGGGAGUGAUGCGUUUUGUCGUGCGUGUGUUGCAACUUCCGGUACUUGUGGCUACGAAUCUGCUGAUGGUGGAGGGCUUAGGCACGUUUGCAUUUGUGACCACCACAAUUCUACCACAAACUGUGAUUCAGUUGUAGCACCAACCAGUACAUCUUCAAGUGUUCGACCAAAAACCAUUGGAUCACUGAUCCUCUACUUCAUAGCUAUGAACAUACGUUUUAAAAGAAGACAAUGAAUGACCCAUUAAUAAUGUCUGGAAUUAAGCGUCUAUUUUUAUUUUACUCAGACAUUUAGUUUCAUUAAAAUUGUUUGAAGUUUUGUACGCAUUCCCACGAAUUUCGAUUUAUACACCAAAAUUUAUAGACUUCAUAAUA